AUGAAAGAAGCCCUCGUCAGCAAAGGCCCUCAGGUCGAAAUAGUUAACACCCCCAUCCCCUCCCUCCCCUCCCCGGACCACAUCCUCAUCCGCGUCGUCGUCACCGGCACCAACCCAAAAGACUGGAAACUCCCCGACCUCUACGAGCAGGACGCCCGCACCAACCCAGGCGAUGACAUCGCCGGCAUAGUCCACACCGUCGGCGCCAACGUCUUUGAGUUCAAGCCCGGCGACCGCGUCGCCGCCUUCCACGAGAUGCGCACCCCCCACGGCAGCUUCGCCGAGUACGCCGUCGCCUGGCAGCACACCACCUUCCACAUCCCCAGCAACAUCUCGUUCGAGGAGGCUGCCGCUCUGCCCCUCGCGGCCAUGACCUCUGUUGUGGGGUUGUACGACCGGUUGAGGCUCCCGCAGCCGUGGUCGCCCGAGGUGAGCAGAGACGAGGUGACGGAUAUUCCGCUGCUGAUUUACGGCGCGUCGUCCGCGGUGGGGUUUUACGGGUUGCAGUUUGCGCUGAGGAGCAACAUGCACCCUUUGAUCUGCGUGGCCGGGUCGGCGAAGGAGUAUGUGAGGGGGUUUAUCGAUGAGUCAAAGGGGGAUGUGGUUGUUGAUUACAGGGAUGGACCGGAGGCGACGGUGGAGGGGAUCAAGAAGGCGCUGAAGGGGAGGGAGUUGAAGUAUGCUCUUGAUGCGGUUUCGUUGCCGGAGAGUCUCGACAAUAUUGCCGAGGUGCUGUCGACGGAUGGGGGCCAUGUCACUCUUGUGCUUGGACAUCCGAAGAAGGGGUUGAAGGAGGGGCAAAAGUACAGCGUUACCAUGGUGGGCGAUGUUCAUAACGAUCACAAGGAUUUGGGGUAUGUUUACUUUAGGUAUAUUGCUAGGGGGUUGGCCGAGGGCUGGUUUAAGCCGCAGAGGGUCGAGGUCGUGCCCGGUGGAUUGGGGGGUGUUCAGAAGGCGUUGGAGGACUUGAAGAAGGGGAGGGCGAGUGGAGUCAAGUAUGUGAUGAGGAUUGAGGAGACGGAGGGGUUGGUCAAGGGGGAUAGGUGA